AUGUUGAGAAAUAUUUUAUUAACAUUUCUAUUGUAUGCAAAUGUGAAAUCUCAGUCAAACAAAGAUCUGUACAGCGGACAAUUUGAUAACGAUUAUUAUAAUGUUCGUCAGCAAGACAGUUCUCGUGAAUCUAGGCUCCCCAACCCUGGGGAUAGUAACUACAGGACGUAUGUGUACAACGACAGGAGAUAUGGAACAAACCCAAAUAGAUACAAUCCCUAUAACCCUAACAUAAACAAGCCAGGAGGCUUUCCUUACAAUCCAAUAGAUACAAAUCCAUUGGAUGAUCAGUUCAAAUACAAUACAAAAAUAGACCCAAACAAUCCCGAUGCAUUGUUCCCCGGUGUACUUGGAGGUUGGAGAGAAGACUUGCAAGGACGAGAGAGGAGAGAUUCCAGACAAUUGAAAAGGGAUAUAUUUGUUAACACUAACUAUGGACAAGUUCAAGGAUUUAAGGUAUAUUUAUAUGACAACCCUGAUCCGAAUUCUGGCUAUCGACCAUGGCUGACGCCAGUAGAGAGGAUACAGGGAGAAGUGUCUGUUUUCCUUGGAAUUCCUUAUGCUAGACCACCUGUCUUGGAAGGGAGAUUUAAGCCACCCCGUCGACAUCCAGGUUGGCAACUCAUGCAAGCGGUAGACUGGGGUCCAGCCUGCCCACAGCCUGUCAGAUUUACAGGGGCCACUAAGGGAAUACGAGAUAUGGAUGAAGACUGCCUGUACCUCAAUAUAUUCUCGCCUAAUACAGAAGCGGGGUCCACAGCACAGAAAUACCCAGUAAUGGUAUACAUCCACGGAGGUCAGUUUUCUUCUGGUGCGUCAAAUCUCUUCCCGGCGCAUGUAAUGGCCGCCUUCUACGAUGUAAUUGUUGUGACAUUUAAUUAUAGACUUGGGGCACUCGGAUUUCUAUCAACCGCCGAUGAAAACUCCCCCGGUAACUAUGGUAUCCUAGACCAAGCGUUGGCUCUGCAAUGGGUUAAGGAUAAUAUAGAGCCAUUUAAUGGGGAUUCGGGCUCAAUAACUUUGUUUGGACCCGGUGCUGGUGCGGCUUCAGCCGGGCUACUUGCUGUCUAUCCGCCUACUAGGGAUAUCGUCUCUAAAAUUAUAGCACAGAGUGGUUCCGCAUUAGCCGAUUGGGCGCUAAUACAAGAUAAAUUCCGUGUUCAGAACACAUCUUUAGUAUUUGGAAGACUACUGGGUUGUCCCAUUGACUCAUCGUGGAAACUUGUUAACUGUUUACGUCAAGGGAGGAGUUUCUAUGAACUGGGGAAUGCUGAAUUUCAGCCAGAUGUAGGUGUUAUCCCCUGGGGUCCAGUAUUAGAAAAUAACUUCACGUUUCCCGGUGAUGAGUGGUAUGACGGUUGGAGGGAAAGAGAUUGGCGUUUCCUAUCGACGACUCCCGAGGAACUGAUAGUUAGGAGACAGUUCAAUCCUAAUCUGAGGUACAUGACCGGUGUUACGACACAGGAGGCCGCUUAUAUGCUGUAUAUGAACGAUUCCCUCGCCCCAACUUACGAGAUAGACGAGCGCUGGUUCAACCAGAAGGUCCAAGAGUUUGUCUUCCGCUACAACUACACACUGAACCCCCGAGGAGUGUACGAGGCCAUCCGCUACAUGUACACCUACCACCCCGAGCCGCACAACACCAGUGCCCUGCGCGACCAGUACGUGCACUUUCUCUCAGACUUCCUGUACCGAGCACCCACGGACAAAAUAGUAAAGUUAUUACUCGAACAAAGAGUACCAGUGUAUAUGUAUGUACUAAAUACAACGGUGGAGGCUUUCCAUUGGCCCCAGUGGAGGCAGUACGCUCAUGACACUGAGCAUUUCUUUCUAACUGGAGCUCCAUUCAUGGAUCAGGAGUUCUUUCCCCGGAGACAUAGGAUAGACAGACAGGCUUGGACGCCCAACGAUAGGAAUAUGAGUCAUUUCUUCAUGAAAGCGUAUACUGAUUUCGCUAGAUUUGGGGACCCAACACGUUCCCGUAUAUUAGGCAUACAUUUCGAAAUGGCUCAAGCAGGGCAACUCAGAUACUUGAACCUGAACACAACUUUUAACUCGAGUAUCCAGCUCAACUACAGGCAAACUGAACUGGCUUUCUGGACGGUUUACUUGCCAACAGUUAUUGGUAGACUUGUGCCUACAUACCCGCCAAUUACCGAGUACUGGUGGGAACCGAAGCAACCUCUGCAAAUAGCGUUUUGGACGGUUUCAUGCGCUUGCCUCGUUUUGAUAGUGUUGCUGGUCGUAUGCUGUAUGCUAUGGAGGAACGCUAAGAGGGCUGUACCACCGAAGUGGAAAUUAGUGCCAACAAUAGAAACGGACCGCUACUACAACGGUGAAGUAUUUAUGGUGCCUGAAAUGGAGGGUAUCGACAAUACUUCGCGGUCAAGAGACAAUAUCUACGAAUAUCGAGACGUACCAGCCAAGAGGCCACAAACCCCACAGACACUUACUAGGACGAUAAGUCAGCCACAAACGCUACAAUCGUCUCAGGCCCUCUCUGAAGCGUCAACGGGGUCUGCUCUGUCCCUACGGGAAGCCCCCGUGUCCCGAGUCCCCGAAGGGCGAGGCCCCACACCCCUGUCGAGGGCCUCCGACCACAGAGGGCCUUCGCCCCUACCCCGGGCCCGCUCCCGAACGCAAAUAGUCCACGGCGUACCACAGACAACCGUAUGAACUAAUUAUAACCCUUUUUAUUGAGGCUUAAGGCACCUUGAUGUGGCGUCUCAACACUACUCGGUCUGCUUGUACAGGCUUCAAGCGACAGACAUUAAAUUA